AGGAAUCAGUGUGUUUGUCCAAAGUUCUUCCUGACCCUCUCUAACCAGAGAUCGCUGCGCAGUGAUGAAUGCCUCAUCAGGAGAGAGAGGAACAGGAAACAACCAUCGCUUAUGGAAUUCUGGAAGAUAUUUGUGGAAAACAUGUUAAUGUGUUACCCGUGUACCAGAGGCACAGGCUCCUCUGAUGUCUACUUUUUAAAGUCUCAGAAGUAGUAGACAACCUGCAGGAGACGUUACGAGAGAGUGGUCGAACAUUUGUUGGUCGCUGUGGCUCCUGGGACCACUAGCACAGUGCGGGACCAUCAGCACAAUGGGUUCAGUUAUGUAUGAGAUCAUGCAGCAGGAGAUCAGGCCAUUACUAGCCGUCGACAUUAUUGAACAACUUCACAGACAGUUUGUUCUUCUCUCAGGAGGAAGAGGAAAAGAUGGAUCACCGAUCAUCACAUUUCCCGAGUUCUCAGGCUUCAGUGAAGUGUCAGAUGAAGAUUUUGUUAACGUUGUCACAUACCUGACCAGCAUACCAAGCAUGGAUGCUUCUAGCAUUGGCUUUGUUAUAAUCCUGGACCGAAGGAAAGACAAAUGGAACUCAGCAAUAGCUUCUCUGGCUCGAAUAGCGGGGUCCUUCCCAGGAAACCUGCAGCUCGUGUUGGUUCUCAAACCAUCACGUCUCCUCCAAAGAGCCAUUGCUGACGUCAGCAUGCGGUUACACCGAGAUGAUUUUAAAUUGAAGGUACCGAUUGUUAUGCUAAACUCCCUGUCAGAUUUACAUGGCUACGUUGACAAAGGCCAGCUGACCUGUGACCUCGGGGGAACUCUGGAGUAUUGUCACAGUCAAUGGAUUCAUCAUCGGACAGCUAUUGAGAACUUUGCAUUAACGGUGAAGAGUACAGCACAGAUGCUGCAGCAGUUUGGCAGUGACCUGGCAGAAACUGAGCUUCCCAAUGAUGUCCAGUGCACCAAAGAUUUACUCGUCACACACAACCAAAAACACGAUGAACUCAAGGAUGAGCUAAAACUGGCUGUGAAACAAGGAAAUACUCUACUUUCUUGUAUCAAAGACCAAGCCAACAAAAUUGAGAACCACAUUCUAAACCCAGACGAGAUAGAGAACCAAACAACUGUUGAGAGGUUGUUAGCGCAGCUUGAUGAGACAGAGAAUGCAUUUGAACAGUUCUGGUCGAGGCAUCACUUAAAGUUGGAGCAGUGCUUACAGUUACGUCACUUUGAGCAGGACUUUAAAGAGGUGAAAGUGUCUCUGGACGGUCUGAUGGAGGCUUUACUGGGGCUCUCUGACACGGCGGACUGCGUGACUCGAGUGGAAAACCUACUGGGAGAUCUGAAAACCCUGGAGGACAAAGCUCAGGAGUGUUUAGAAAAAGCUCAGCUUCAUGCCCAACAUGGCGACCAGUUGAUCCAAAGCAACCACUAUGCUGUGGACUCCAUCCGGCCCAAGUGUGUCGAGCUCCGUCGAAUCUGUGACGACUUCAGCAACGAGGCCAAAAAGAAGCAGGACAUUCUGACCAAAUCGCUUGAAAUCCAUAAACGAAUCGACGAGGUAAACCGGUGGUGUGAGUCUGGUGUGUAUCUGUUGGCCUCUCAGGCUGUCGACAGAUGUCAGACUCAGGAAGGGGCAGAAGCGGCGCUAAAGGAUAUCGAGAGGUACAAGGAAACAGCCCAAGAGCAGCGGCUCGCUCAUCUUAAAGACCUCAACCACCAGUACGAGAUCAUCCUGUCAGACCUUGUCAAGAACAAAGUUCAAAAGGCUCUGAAAAGGUUGGAAGACGUUCAAGAGAUGCUUGAAAAACGGCGCGCAAGUCUGAAAAAGCUGUCUGCUAAGCAAACAAGGCCUGUGCAACCUGUUGCUCCCCGACCAGAAUCUUCACCCAAACGGCCUUCAAACAGAACACCACAAGCCACCGGCCCGGCGUCACAUCGCAGAGGUACAGAAAACUCCAGCACUAAUAAGCAAACUAGUGACGCAGAGCUGGCAAAGCGCAAGAAUAUUCGCAAAUCCAAAGCCCUCCUCAAGAUCGAGGUCAUGCAUGAAGGAGGUCAGGGAGGUUCAAGCCAUGUUCUCAUGAACAAUGAGACAGAGGAGACGCUUUCAAACAGACGCAGUCACAUAAUGAAUGAGUUGAUUGAGACGGAGAGGCUGUACGUGGAAGAGUUACAAAGCAUCAUAGAGGGUUACGCGGCAGCCAUGGACGACCCUGAACUCAUCUAUCUCAUCCCACCAUCAUUAGAACACAAAAAGGACAUUCUCUUCGGCAAUCUACCCGAAAUAUACCAGUUUCACCAGAAGACAUUUCUCAAAGAGCUUGAAAACUGUGCAGAAAAGCCAGAAUUGGUGGGGAGGUGUUUUUUGAAGCGGAAGGAGGAGUUGCAGAUCUAUGAGAAGUACUGUCAGAAUAAACCGCGCUCUGAAGCAUUGUGGCGGCAGUGUGGGGACAGUAUGUUUUUCCAGGAAUGUCAGAAAAGGUUGGACCACAAGCUUUCUUUAGAUGCGUACCUUCUAAAGCCCGUGCAGAGAAUCACCAAAUAUCAGCUCAUGCUAAAGGAGAUGCUGAAGUGCAGUAAGAACACCGAGGGCACAGCUGAGCUGGAGGAAGCUUUGGCCACAAUGCUAGACAUCAUCAAGUCGGUCAAUGAUUCCAUGCAUCAGAUCGCCAUCACUGGUUUUGAGGGCAAUCUGAAUGAUCUGGGCAAACUACUGAUGCAGGGCUCCUUCAACGUUUGGACGGACCACAAGAAAGGUCACAGUAAAGUGAAAGACCUGGCCCGCUUUAAACCCAUGCAACGACAUCUCUUUCUCUACAACAAAAUGAUUUUGUUUUGCAAGAGACGUGAGGAGACAUCUGAUGCUCAUGAGAAAUCCCCCUCCUACAGCUUCAAACACUUUUUGAAGAUGAGUUCAGUGGGAAUCACCGAAAAUGUAAAGGGAGACAUCAAAAAGUUUGAAAUCUGGUACAACGGCAGGGAGGAAGUAUACAUCGUCCAGGCGCCUUCAAUGGAUGUGAAGAACACGUGGGUUUCAGAAAUCCGUAAAGUCCUAACAAGCCAGCUGGAAGCUUGCCGAGGUAUUUCUGGAGAAGCCAGUCAGCUCCAUCAGAAGAUUACAGAGAACAUCUACAACGCUCCAAUGAGAAACAUACGGAAAACCGCCCUUCGGCAGUCCGACUCAUCCAGUCCUGAAACGGGUUACAGACGCGGUGACACGGGGCCCAAUAUGCGACAGAAACGAGCCGACGCUUCGGCCAGCAUCGGUACAGAGCGCAGUGCUCUCGCUAGAAAGCGCUUCACCUUACAGGGCCUGUCAAACCGCAGGUCUCUCCCCGCAGAAUCUGUGCCUAAAGAAACAGAGGUCACGCGCCGCUUCUCUUUAGCCUCAACCAUCAGCUCUGCCACUGCACCGCGCACUAAAGCUCCUCUGUCGUCCAGCCUUAAAAGCAAAAGACACCAAAUCAAGAGUGACCCCACACCGUUUGGCUAUGAAGACACCAUGCGAGGUGCACUUCCCAUUGAGAACAAAACUAAAGGUACCGCCGGUACCAAGCCCCCCGUGCCGAGGUCUGCUUCUCAACCAGGAUGGAAUCAACGGCGGCUGCCCUCAAUGGAUGCAGAGGAUUUCGAGACCAUCCCAUCGAGCACUGAAGAACUCUCCAUUUCAUCCGAUGGAGAAGACGACGGCCACAAUAAAAAUGAGGGACAUGAUCAAUAUCAGGUGCAGCUGACGUACGAGUCAGGUACUGCUCAGGAUCUCUCUGUAGAGGCGGGUGAUUUAGUACAAUUCCUAGAAGAGUCAGAAAACGGCCACUGGCUAGUCAAGAGCCUUAGAACUCAGAAGACAGGGCUGGUGCCACCCACUGUCCUGCAAUCCACAGUAGAGGGACUAGACCUUUACACUAACUCUGAUAUUUUCAGUGACCUCUGCACUGCUGCUCUCACCGAUACAGAGGAAGACUGUGCUGGGCCGGAUUCUGUUCAGGAUGGCAGAUUUGCGUGCUGAUGGGCGUAUGCUUCCCUUUGUGCCAUGCUUAUAUGCAUCACGCCUGAUGACAGCUCAAUAUCACUGAUACUCUUGUAAUGCAACAUAGAAAUCUACUCUAGCGGAAGAGUAAACUCUGCUGCUAUGUGACCGCUCUAAUUGGCCAAUCAGAAUGCACACUCUGAUGAAACUGACCAAUCAGAAUGGAUUCCAGUUUUUUUCUGGCCUUAUGCACAAUGCCUUUCUCCAGCUGCUGAUGUGACAUCUUCAUAAGACAUUCAGCGUAUAGCCUGCUUUCACUCUGCUGCCUUAGCAGCAAACGCAGGGGCGGGUUUUGAGAAGAAAAAUAGCAAAGGACCUUUGUGAAAACUGGCUUUUAUGCAAUAUGAUACGUGCCCUGUGCUUGCUCAAACACCAGAGGUGGCCAUCUGAAAACACUGAAACUGGUCCUGCUGAAACUUCCACUGAAAUGCUUCAAUAUGCUUUUGUUUGUUUUGUUGUCUGAUGCCUGUUUGCUUAUGAUACCAUUGGUCUGAAACACAGCACUUUUAAAGAAUAAACCUUCUCUUUUGGUUAUGUACAAUAUUUAUACUCUCUUUUUAUAUUUCGAAUCGGUCUGUAAAGCUUCAUUCCUCUUUGAUCCUCUUCAAAUAUUUGCCGUUACUUGAUAUUCAUCUCUGUUGUGGUCUUGUUCUAUAUAAAUUAUCUUGGAACCACACCCUAAUUCUUUCUAACUUCAGAGGAGACUCUUGUUUUUAUAUAGAUUUCUGAAAAUAUGAUCACACAGCUGUACUGUAAAAGCAUCCUGUUAUUUUACAGUAUUGCUCCUGAAUGUUGUUUGUUCUUUUUAUGCGCACAAUACAUAACUUUUGGUCAUAUAAGAGAAUUUAAUACAAAAAUCUGAUGUACUGUAAACUACCUGCUUUGAAAGACUGGACAGCAGUUUGACAGUGAAUGUAGUAAUAAUGCCAAAUGUUUUGUUUCAGAACAAUGUCAGUAUUUGCAAUGACAAUUUAAACACGAUUCAGGCUGUAAUUUCCAAUAUCCAGACUUAUUACCAUGAUCGUUUUGAGUUUCCUUGUUUGUUUGUAAAUAUAACCACAAACAUUUAAUAUUGAAUGCUAAUGUGAUAAUUAGUAGUAUCACGACAUAUUGUUCAUGCAUAUGUGCAUAUUUUGCUACACCUAUGGACAUAUUACAGCUGAUGUGAAUACAACUAUGUACAUUUUCAAAUAAAUAAUUACAUGCAUUA